AUGGAACGGCAACUACCGACGCGUGGGGUACGCGUUUUUGAUUCUCAGAUAGCACCAGAACGCCAUGGAGUGAAGCGUGAAUAUGAAGAUCCGGUUACGCCUUUUGCGGACGGUACACAAGUAAGCGAGGGUUUCAGAUUCCUACCUGUGCCUACCGAGACGGAUGAUCUUCAAACGACUUGCACGAAGCUUGAAGAGCUAGCUAAAAUAGUCGAGCAAGGAAACAGUCUCGCACUAUUCACGGGACUAAAACUAGCAGCAUACCCAUCAAAAAGCGACCCGGAGAGCGUGGCCAUGAGCCAGCUGACAUCGCAAGAGCUGUGGAUGUAUGAGACUUGGAAGGAGAUGAAGACGAGACAAGACACCGAGUAUAAGAACGGUGACCGUUCCUGCAACGAAGGGGAUAGCAAUGGUAUGAAGCUACCGUACUUCGACUGGGAGCAGAACGUGGCGCCGGUGCCCCAGGGAGCUCAUAGUCUCAAGAGGUUUACGCAGCGGGCGGCGGCUAUGGACGUGGUCUUUGGCCAUCGAGGCGCUACACCUGAAAAUGCUUCCUGGCUUACGUCGCACAUGAUAUUUAUGCUACCCCUGGUAAAAGCUGUCACCAAGGUUACCAACAUUACAAAGAACCUUCAGAACAGCCAUCUGUCUCGCCAGACACGUGGGUUGACAGAGAUGGAGGUGGCCGAGGUUGAAACGGCACGCAAAUUGGUUUCUAUUGUGAAUAAGAAUCGGGCCCGAGAAAUGGAAAAGAUUCGCCGGUUGAUGAAAACGAUCGAGGGAUAUGCGUCAGUACUCAGAGAGCGCGCUGAAGCACUGGAGAGACUGAGGCACACCUCGACUAUGCAGCGACGAUGA